AGUAACUUCAACACAAUGAUCACUAGAUUGACUGCUCGGAGUUUUCUCAUUACAUUAUCUCUGAUUCAAACUGCAGAUCUCUCUCAUUUGAUCUCUUUGAAGGAGGUCGGCCUGGGUGAAGAUGUUACUUUUGACUGUAAACUCUCUGAGAAGCCUAUCUACCUUUACUGGUAUAAGCAGUCUCUUGGAAAUUUGCUCCAACCAGUAGCAGGUGUGGUACUUGAUCAUAUAACGAUGAAUGAACAAUUUAAAGACUCUCGUUUUGAAGUACUUCAGUAUGAGUCUUGGUAUUCUCUUAAAAUCUCAAAUGUCAGCAAAGAAGAUGAAGCUACAUUUUACUGUGGAACCGGAGCAGGUUACUCACAAACGUUCAUCAGUGGCACAUUUUUGGCUGUAAAAGAUCACAAUCAGAAAACAUCUUUAUGUGAGAAACAAAGUCUGAAGACUGACUUGAUUGAGUGGGGAAACUCUGUGACUCUCAAGUGUUCGCUUUUCUCUAAGAACAAAGAAACCAGGGUGCAGUGUCCACCUGAACACAGUGUUUACUGGUUCAGAACUGGAUCAGAAGGAUUUCAUCCAGGAAUUAUUUACACUCAGGGAAACUUUAGUGAUGAAGAUGAGAGAAGCUGCUCUCACAGUCUCUCUAUAAUAGACUCCUCUGAAGCUGGGACGUACUACUGUGCUGUGGUCACAUGUGGAGCCAUUCUGUUUGGUGAAGGAACUAAAGUGGAAACAGGAUUGUUUUCUAGACCAAAACCAGAUCCUGUUGUCAUCAUACUUGGAGGAGUAUUGGCCUGCUGUGUUACAGUGAUUGUCAUCUUAAUUAUCUUUGUUAAACAAAAGAAAGUUUGUGAACACUGUAAAGGAUCUUUGAUCAAAUAUUGA